AGCUUUGCCAUUGUUUACAUAUUGUGCAAGUGUUUUGUCUCUGCGAAUUGCGUCAGUAUUGAAAAUCUCAAACCGGAAAUACAAACAGAUAUACAAACCAGCGUACUGAAAGUCGGGUUAAUAACACGUGUGGAUAUUUUGUCUCCGAUUACCAGUGACAUAAGGACAAAAUCAGCAGACAACAGUGUAGCCGUGGCCUGGUUUCUGGACUGAAUGGGCAUCCUGUGAUGUUGGUCGGAGCUGCUGGGCACGCUCAUUAGCAGAUUGUAGCGACACACUGGCGCUGAAUAGAGGGACUUGUUGCUACACAAUGGUUCCCCCUGAAGGCAGGCCCUUAGGCCUGGCUCCACGCUGACGCCUACAUGGGCCAAACUGGUCUUGUGUCUCCAUCGGUGGGCCCAGCCUGUCUUCCAUUGACAGGGUCGGGGAGAAAGGGCCCGUGUUGUUGGCCUGGCUGGGUCACAUGGUGCUGCCUGGUUCUGCCUGGAGGACAUGGCUAUUAGCAGUCCCAGCCACCCGGGCCACACUGUUAAUCAGAUCAGAGUCACUCAUGUAGAUCUCUAAAUCCCCCCUACACACACACACGCACAUGCCCAGACGGACACACACAUCACACAUGCCCAGAUGGACACACACAUCACACAUGCCCAGACGGACACACACAUCACACAUGCCCAGACGGACACACACACACACAUGCCCAGACGGACACACACAUCACACAUGCCCAGACGGAAACACACAUCACACAUGCCCAGACGGACACACACGCACAUGCCCAGACGGACACACACAUCACACAUGCCCAGACGGACACACACAUCACACAUGCCCAGACGGACACACACAUCACACAUGCCCAGAUGGACACACACAUCACACAUGCCCAGACGGACACACACAUCACACAUGCCCAGACGGACACACACACACACAUGCCCAGACGGACACACACAUCACACAUGCCCAGACGGACACACACAUCACACAUGCCCAGAUGGACACACACAUCACACAUGCCCAGACGGACACACACACACACAUGCCCAGACGGACACACACACGCACAUGCCCAGACGGACACACACACGCACAUGCCCAGACGGACACACGCAUCACACAUGCCCAGACGGACACACACACGCACAUGCCCAGACGGACACACGCAUCACACAUGCCCAGACGGACACACACAUCACACAUGCCCAGACGGACACACGCAUCACACAUGCCCAGACGGACACACACAUCACACAUGCCCAGACGGACACACACAUCACACAUGCCCAGACGGACACACACACACACAUGCCCAGACGGACACACACAUCACACAUGCCCAGACGGACACACACACACACACAUGCCCAGACGGACACACACAUCACACAUGCCCAGACGGACACACACAUCACACAUGCCCAGACGGACACACACACACACAUGCAUCGUUGCGCGUAUACACAUAUACACCCUUUGCACAACACUGUUCACACAGUUCAGUCUCUCUUUCCCUUUCUAUCUCUGUUUUCAUUUCUCUCUCACACACACUCACAAAAACACUCACGCACACAGCCUGCAGCAUUGGAGUACAAGGGCAGGGAGUGUGAGUGUUCUGCCAGACAGCAUCAUCUAAAGGAAAAGUAUUUCUGGCCUCAGCAUUCACACCCCAACUGUUACAACUCAACAGGGGGCUCCAUUUACCCACUUCAGGUUUGUUGGUGUUAGUUUUUACUUCAGUGGCCAUCUCCGCAAUUUGUAUACUGUAACACAAAAUCGAGUUACACUAUAUGUAAAAAUAAGUACUGUUGCAUCAGGCCUGAUGUCCAUACUGUAUGGCUAUGUGUGCCCUCAUCAUCCCUGAACCACUCACAGUUGUAAGCAACAGAAACAAAGUUAGGCCUGGUAACAAGAUAACAGGGCUAAUUACACGCGUUAACUGCUACAUUAGAACUGAGUUAUCUGCUUUCUUGUAUUUUGUAUCACAGUCACAUGCAAAACAUUUAAAACUGAAACUUUUAUUGAAUGACAAGCUAGCGGAUGGAACCUACCAGGUCUUAUUAUCCCUACAGUGUUGUAGAGAAAGACUUUGCCCUCUGAUUUGCCAAAGUAAAAAAUGUGUGUUACAAGUCAGAAGCGUAAAGUUCACACUCCCAUGAACUUCAUGUGCGUGUGUGCAUUUGUGUGUGCAUUUGUGUGUGCGUGAGGUCUUGCAUGUGUGUGUUUUGUUCUUUGAGGGAAAUGAGUAUCAUCUAGAGAAAGUUAACCUUUGCUCCAUUAUUACCUAUUACCUCCGCUAAUCAUAAUUCCUGUGUUUGAUCAGGCCGAUGGUCAGUUGCUCUGCAGAGGGAGGGGAGAACACAGGGUCUUUCAUGUUGCCCAUGCCCUGAUAACUACAAGGAGGUGUGUGGGCUUCUUGGUUUAGAGACAACUCACUCCUGAUGGUGUGAUUUCACCCAGACUGACACUCUAUGAGUCACACGUGACAGACAGACAGGAUUAUACACCUCAGCCAUGUGAUGAACUUUUAGCUCCCCAUUUGAUUAACUUUUAGGCUCCCUAAUGCUGUCCAGGGGUCAUUGAAGUGGUGGGUGCAGUGUUAGUGUCUGUUAGUCUUUCUUCAGACUUACUUAGAUAUUCUACUGCCAGUCUCCUAAAACCAUUAGGGGGAUGGUGAUCUGUUCAUGUCUUUAUGUUCUUUUGCUACAGUGAUGGCCUGCACUUUAGGUCCUCAAACGGGUCAAUCUCCAGUUGCCCCCCAUCUGUUAAUUUGCCUCAUGUCCUGUUUCUGUCUGGCCAGGAGGACAGGGCUUCAGUGGGACCACAUUGCAUGGCCUCACUCAGGAUGGGUGAAAAACACAAUCUCCCCAUGUCCUGCCAUAAACCUUCUGAGGGAACACUUACUGUACACCGAAGAAAAGUGCUAAGCAGGAAGAAUGAAAGUAUUCACUCAAGCGAUUGGAGCGAAUACAACACUUCUGGAUGAGUUCACCUUAAAACUUUUCAGGUUUAAAAUCUAAUUGGUUGGCAUCACAGUGAACUAAUAGAUACAUAUUGUAUAUAUUUCUUCCAGCUAGCUUCCAUUCCUCUUCAAUGUCUGUCUGUCUGUCUGUCUGUCUGUCUGUCUGUCUGUCUGUCUGUCUGUCUGUCUGUCUGUCUGUCUGCCUGCCUGCCUGCCUGCCUGCCUGCCUGCCUGCCUUCCUGCCUGCCUGCCUGCCUGCGAAACUCUAUAGAGGAGAGCUCUAUAUCACUCAUAGUAAUGCCCUGACCUCCACAUUCACAUUUAUGAGCUGCUCAUUAACUCUCUGAGCCCUACUACCGAAAUGUAUGGGAUUUCAAAGUUUCAACCGGUUUUUGGUAUUUUACAGGAUUAUGGAGAAAAACUCAGUGGUCACAGGAGAGCAAGUGUAUUUGCCUUAUUUGGCAGCAGUGUGUUGUAAUUCUAGGUCUGCAAAGACCUGCUGCACAAUCACAGAGUUAUAGGCUUCAAACUGAAAAUGUUGUCAAAAACUAAGUUUUUGCCAAAUGGUGUUUGGUAACACUUUACCUGACACAUAGCAUCACAACAUGUUAUAACACGGUCAUAACCUGUCAUUAUAUGGUCAUUAUACUGUCAUGACCCAUAUAUUUACACCUGUUUUGACAUAUAUUGCAUUAUUUUAUGGCUGGUUAUGACACCUACAUACAGUAAGUGUCAAAACCCAAAUGUAUUAAAAUGUGUUUUUUCACUUCCAAGAAAUGUCCAUUCAUUUGAAAGUUUGUUUCUUUAAUCCUUUGUUGUUGUUGUAAUGAAUUCUUUCUUUUCUUUUCAUCAUAUUUUAAGUACCUUGUAGUGAAUACUCUUUUACACUGUCAUGAAGCACUAUGACUGUACUGUGUCACUUUACUUGGACUAAGAAAAUACACUUUAUGACACUGUCAAGAAGCAUUAUGACCACCAGCAUCUUAUAAGCCAGAUAGGCCUAUCACGUACAGUGCAUGCCCUUAUGUCUGUCAUCAGUCAAAAGGAGGGUGUCUUGUCCUGAAAUCUGCUCCUGCAUGCAUCCCAGUCAUCAGCAACAGAGCAUUGGGGUAGGUGCAUGUCUGACAUCAAUGUGUGCGCAAUAACAAUUAUAAUUGAAUAUGGUCAAUUUCAGAAAACGUUAUAUAACAUAAAAAUGCUAUUGAUAAGUAGGCUAUGGUGUGAUAUGUUUUGCCUUGUGUGGUAGGUUUUGGGGGUUUUGACAUUCUUACAUUUACAUUUGACAUUUUAGUCAUUUAGCUUGAGCAAGGGUACAUUGACAUAGCCUUGUCGGCUUGAGGAUUCGAACCAACGAUGUAACCACUAGGCUACCUGCUGCCCCUUUUAUGUAGGUGUCAUAACCAGCCAUAAAAUAACACAAUAUAUGUUACAACCGGUCUAAUUAUAUAUGUCAUGACCAUAUUAUGACAGGUCAUGGCAUGUUAUGUUAAGAUUGUAGGGGCUGUUUUGUUUGACUUCAGUGCGGGUUUUGACAUUAUCGAUCAUAGUCUGCAGCUGGAAAAACGUAUGUGUUAUGUCUUUACACACCCUGCUAUAAUGUGGAUAAAGAGUUACCUCUCUAACAGAACACCUCUCUAACAGAACACUAAGCCUCUCCAACAUAAUCCAGGUAGAAUCAGGAAUUCCCCAGGGCAGCUAUCUAGGCCCCUUACUAUUUUUCAAUCUUUACUAAUGACAUACCACUGGCUUUGAGUAAAGCCAGUGUGUCUAUGUCUGCGGAUGACUCAACACUAUACACAUCAGCUACUACAGCGACUGAAAUGACUGCAACACUUAGCUCAGAAUAGGGCAGCACAGUUAGCCCUUAAAUGUACACGGAGAGCUAAUAUAUAUGCAUGUCAAUCUCUCAUGGCUCAAAGUGGAAGAGAGAUUGACUUCAUCACUACUUGUUUUUGUGAGAAGUGUUGACAUGCUGAAUGCACAGAGCAGUCGGACAGUCAUGUAUACCACACAAGACAUGCCACCAGAGGUCUUUUCACAAUCACCAAGUCCAGCGCACAAUACUACAUAGAGCCAUGACUACAAGGAACUCUGUUCCACAUCAGGUAACUGAUGCAAGCACGAGGAUUAGUUUUAAAAAACAGAUCAAAAUACACCUUAUGGAACAGUGGGGACUGUGAAGAGACACAGACACAGGUACAGACACACACAUACACACACAAGCGCUAGCACACACACUCUGUACACACGUACAUUGUAAUAUUGUUGUAUGGUGGUAUUAUACAUUUUGUAUUGUAGAUAUGUAGUGGUGUAAUAAUGUUAUAUGAUGUACUGUUUUAUCUUUUGUUUGAUGUUUGAUGUAAGUGCCUUAAUGUGUUUGGACCCCUAAUAAUAAAUACAAAUGUCAGCUGUUACGACAUGGUUUUGACCGUUUCAUAACGUGUUAUGACGCUAGGUGUCACGUAAAGUGUUACCCAGUUCAUAUGUUAGUCUGUCAGCAGUUUAUUUGUUUUGUACCGUUUGUUCUAGAUUUAGUGUGAGUUUAGAGAAACAGUUUGUAUACACACACGCCAUCCUCAUUGUAUGUUUGACGGUUUCCACCGUUCUGCCACUCACUGAUUUAACCUGACCUCUCCCUGACUAGUUCAGGAAUGUACACAUUUGCUGAGAG